AUGCGAAGAACAGUAGAUCAAUGUUUCGCCGAUAUCAUUCCAGCACCAUCAGGACUCCCCUUGACCGAUCUCGAGUACGUUGACGAUGUUGUUAUAUUCGCGGAAAGCAGUAGGAAACUUCAACAAUUUGUCAACCUUGUAUCGAAGCUGGCUGCGGCCUAUGGACUACCUCUACGCCCUGAUAAAUGCAAGCAGAUGUGGAUCUCUUCGACAUCUCGAACGGGUAUCAGGGUGGACGGACAACCGAUAGAACUCGUCGAUGGGGUGACCGGCAGAUCGCCUGGUUCGGCGAGUUCUGAGGAGUUUUUGGGUUUGAGCUGGAAGAAGCCAACUGGCCGAAAACGGAAGUUCUGGACUGAAGUGGCGAAAGAGGACCUGAGGACACUCGGCAUGGAUAAGCAGUUCAGGCGAGACAUAAGCGACAAAACACUCCCGACAUACAUUGAAGGAGAACAGCUACUUGAUUUCGAACUGCGCAUUGCCAAUGGGCAGACGCAACCGCCGGAGUUACUCAAUGAAGCCGACUUAAUCAGCCUAAUGGAUAAAUACGGUAUCGGGACUGAUGCAACCCACGCAGAGCACAUUGAAAAAAUCAAGAUGCGGCAAUAUGUUGGAGUACGAGACGAUGGUCGCUUUAUCCCCGGCUACCUCGGGCUUGCGCUUGUCGACGGAUACGACGCAAUGGGAUACGCCAUGAGUAAACCACAGUUAAGGGCCAAUUUGGAACUGCAACUUCAAGCCAUUUGCGGAGGACAACGAACUAAGCAGGAGGUAUUGGAAGAACAACUAGAGAAGUAUAAACGAAUUUUUCUACGUAGCGAGGAGAAGGUCAAUCUGCUCUCAGAAGCUUUAACUCGGUACUUGAAUAUGAAUUCUAACUUAAAUGUUGCUUCUGCUUCAACGAAUACGUCCGGAACGAACGUGCAACGCACGGGAACAGCCGCGCCUGCUUCCAGAAUCGUGCGACAAGGAACGAGUGGUGGUAGAGCGCAGGGCGUUGAUAACAAUUUCUCGACUACGACAGCAUCUGAAACUGAGGGUCGAAGGGGCCGCGGACGAACUCGUGGAUCGAGAGCAAAUCGCGGUGCCGAUCCAGGCCGAUCUGCAGCCAGCAACGAUUCUGAAAACAAGCAAUGUGUGUGUGGAAUACCUGCAGCGUUAAGAACUGUGCAAAAGGAUGGUCCAAACAAAGGGAGAAAGUUUUUGUGUUGCUCCAAAGCGAUGGGACAGCCUGACAAAUGUAAUUUCUUCGAAUGGGUCGGGUAG